AUGGGUUUCUUCAGCACUAUAUUAGGGUUUUGCGGAUUUGGAGUUGGGAUUUCCAUGGGACUUGUUAUUGGAUACUUUCUUUUCGUCUACUUGCAGCCCAACGAUGUCAAGCAUCCUGAAAUUCGAUCGAUAGCUGACCAAGAUCCCAAAUCUAUGCUACGGAUGCUUCCAGAGAUACCGCCGUGGGUGAAAAAUCCAGACUUCGAUCGUGUUGACUGGAUAAACAGAUUUAUCGAGUACAUGUGGCCUUAUCUUGACAAGGCCAUCUGUAAGACUGCAAAGAAUAUAGCAAAGCCAAUCAUUGAGGAGCAGAUACCUAAGUACAAGAUCGACUCUGUUGAAUUUGAAACUCUUACACUAGGCUCCUUGCCCCCUACAUUUCAAGGGAUGAAAGUUUAUCUCACGGACGAGAACGAGUUAAUUAUGGAACCAUGCUUGAAAUGGGCUGCAAAUCCCAAUAUCUUGGUUGCCGUCAAGGCAUUUGGGUUGAAGGCAACAGUUCAGGUUGUUGAUUUGCAAGUUUUUGCUCAGCCUCGUAUCACUCUCAAGCCAUUGGUCCCAAGUUUUCCAUGUUUUGCCAGCAUAUAUGUGUCUCUUAUGGAAAAGCCUCAUGUUGAUUUUGGGCUGAAGCUUGGUGGAGCGGAUCUUAUGUCAAUCCCUGGCCUCUACAGAUUUGUCCAGGAGCAAAUCAAGGAUCAAGUUGCAAACAUGUAUCUCUGGCCUAAGACCCUUGUAGUUCCAAUCCUUGACCCUGCGAAAGCGUUUAGAAGGCCUGUUGGAAUCGUCCAUGUGAAAGUGGUGAAGGCUGUUGGGCUGAGGAAGAAAGAUCUGAUGGGUGGGGCAGACCCAUACGUGAAGAUCAAGCUCUCUGAAGAUAAGGUUCCGUCUAAGAAGACAACCGUAAAACACAAGAAUUUGAAUCCUGAAUGGAAUGAGGAGUUCAAAUUCUCGGUCAGAGAUCCCCAGACUCAGAUUCUAGAGUUCAAUGUGUAUGACUGGGAACAGGUUGGGAAGCACGAUAAGAUGGGUAUGAAUGUUUUAGCGCUGAAAGAAAUGGUUCCUGACGAACAUAAAAGCUUCACCUUGGAACUGCGCAAGACUCUGGAGGGCAGUGACGAUGGGGGGCAGCCUGACAAGAACAGGGGGAAGCUGGAGGUUGAGCUCUUGUAUAAGCCAUUCACAGAGGAAGAAAUGCCCAAAGGAUUUGAAGAAACACAAUCUGUGCAGAAAGCUCCAGAAGGCACACCGGCUACUGGAGGAGUGCUUGCGGUGAUAGUGCAUUCGGCUGAGGAUGUUGAAGGAAAGCACCACACCAAUCCUUACGUACGCAUCUAUUUCAAAGGAGAGGAGAGGAAAACAAAGCAUGUGAAGAAGAACAGAGACCCUAGGUGGGGAGAGGAGUUCACCUUCAUACUCGAGGAGCCUCCAGUCCGCGAGAAGCUGCACGUGGAAGUGCUGAGCACCUCUUCCAGGAUAGGUCUCUUGCAUCCAAAGGAAACACUGGGGUACGUGGAUAUUCCGGUGGUGGACGUGGUGAACAACAAACGCAUGAAUCAGAAGUUUCACCUUAUUGAUUCUAAGAACGGAAAGAUCCAACUGGAGCUUGAGUGGCGAACUACCUCUUGA